AUGGAGGAGGGCGGCCGGAGCCCCCGGGAGGAGGCGGCCGAGCCGCAGGAGUCCGGCGGCGACGCGGAGCCCGGCGGCGGCGGGCGGCGGGGGCUGCUGCUCCCCCCCGGUGACCCUCCGCACCCCCACCCUCACCCGCACCGCAUCACCAACUUCUUCAUCGACAACAUCCUGAGGCCCGAGUUCGGGCGGAGGAAGGAGGCGGGCGGCCCCGACGGAGAGCCCCGGCGGCCCGGCGCGGAGAGCCGCCGCAGCCCCGCCGCGGCGCCGGCCCCCGGGGCUCCGCUGCCCGGCGGCGGGGCGGGCUCGCCGGGCCGGGGGGAGGGCGGCCCCGCCGGGCUGGCCCUGCACGGCGCCGCCAAGAAGGGGGGGGACCCCGCGGCGCUGGAGGCGGCCCUGAAGGCGCGGGGUCUGAGCGGCGGCGACCUGUCGGUGAGCUCGGACUCGGAUAGCUCCCAGGCCAGCUCCAACGCCGGGAACCAGCCCAUGCUGUGGCCCGCCUGGGUGUACUGCACGCGGUAUUCGGACCGGCCCUCCUCAGGUCCCCGCUCCCGCAAACCAAAGAAGAAGAACCCCAACAAGGAGGACAAGCGGCCUCGCACCGCCUUCACCGCCGAGCAGCUGCAGAGACUCAAGGCCGAGUUCCAGACGAACCGGUACCUGACAGAGCAGCGGCGGCAGAGCCUGGCCCAGGAGCUCGGGCUCAACGAGUCCCAGAUCAAAAUCUGGUUCCAGAACAAACGAGCCAAGAUCAAGAAGGCGACGGGCAGUAAGAACUCCCUGGCAGUGCACCUCAUGGCCCAGGGGCUCUACAACCACUCCACCACGGCGAAAGACGGCAAGUCGGACAGUGAAUAGCCAA